UUUGUGCACUGAAGACAACUCAGGCAAACUCAAGAUGGCUGCCAAGAGGAAAGGAGGCCUAAAGUUGAAUGCUAUCUGUGCCAAGCUGAGUAGGCAGGUUGACUACAACUUUGGGGCAGAGCAGACUGAGCCAGACCACAAACCUCAAGAGAACAAUAGUGCUGAUGGGCUGCGUCAUGGUGACCAGGAGGGGGACACUGACUCUCCCGAUGGACUCCAGGACAUCCAAAAGUUGGAGGAGGACAAGAAAAGGCGGGAAGCGAUUGAGAAAUGGGUGAACGGGGAAUACACAGAUGAACAUGGGGAACGCGGUGAAGAAAGGGUAAUAAAGCCUGGUGACGGCGAGUACAUUGCCCCUGAAGGGGUCUAUAUGGUGCAGCCCAAAGGUUGUAGUGAUGAGGAGGACAAUGAUGGAGCUCAAGGCUCUCUCGAUGGCAGUUACAUGGAUGACAGAGACUCUGAGGAAGUGGGACUGAAAGAGGAAGGCUACAAUUCUUCCAGCGAGGCCAGUAUAAGACAAGCCAGUAUUGCCUCUUCAGGGGAGACAUCGACACUCCAUGACUAUGCAGCAACCACGAUGAAUGAAUUCCUGGGGAUGUUUGGCUACGAUGACCAGAAUGUCAGGGAUGAGCUGGCCAAGAAGAUCAGUUUUGACAAGUUGAACGCCACUACCUCAGACACCUACCCAGCAGCCUCCUCGAGCGAGGACAGCUUAGCUCGGAGGGUGCGCAUUUCCAAAUACGAGGAAUACAUUCGCAAGCUCAAGGCAGGGGAGCACUUGCCCAGGCUGCUCCCGGUCCCCAAAGCUGAGAAUUCGAGCUCCCGGACGCUUGGAGGGAAGGAUCCAGGCCCAGCUGGAGGCCAGUUCCCUGCACAGGAAGCCCCCAUUCGCCACGACGCCAAGCCCACUGCCCCCACUGCCCCUUCCGGCUCCUCGGCCCAGGCACACGGCCUUCUCUCUCGCGCUUCCAAGUACGACUACUUCAUUCAGAAGCUGAAGAUCGGCGAGAGCAUCCGGCCCCAGAAUGGCAACAGCUACAAGAGACCAUCAAAGUACGACCUGGAAAAUGUGAAGUACCUGCACCUGUUCAAGCCGGGUGAGGGUGACCCGGACAUGGGGGGCGCCAUCGCCUUCAAAACUGGAAAGGUGGGCCGCCCGUCCAAGUACGACAUUAAAAACAUCCAGAAGUUGGCCAUGGGGAAGACUCCCGCUAACCCCGGCAUCACCCCCCUGUCGAGCAGCCCUUGUGCACUGGCCGUGAGUGUCGAACCCACUGCCUCAGCUGGCUUUGGGAGCACCGACCUUCUGAAGUCCAGCUUCUCCAAGGCCGACUCCAUUACAACUGGAACUGUCUCGACAGUCAACCGCCUUUCCAAAGCUGAACCUUCGCUGGAUGACUCUGCGGGGAGGCUGCCCAGUUCGAAUGUACCUGCAGUAAAUCGGAAUGGACUGUCAUCAGAGAAGCCGGGUGCCAUUACUGAUGAUGCGAAUAUUUACCAGAAGUACAUUGCCAGUAAUCUACCUGCUGACGGCUUCCACCCCAAAUCACCCCAUCUGCUCAGAGAAUGCUGGUUCUCUGGCAGUCAGCAAUGUGGACACAUUCACUGUGCCUAUCAGUACAGAGAGCACUACCACUGUCUGGAUCCUGAGUGCAAUUACCAGAGGUUUACCAGUAAACAGGAUGUGAUACGACACUACAACAUGCACAAGAAGAGAGAUAACUCCCUGCAACAUGGUUUCAUGCGCUUCAGCCCCUUGGAUGACUGCAGUGUCUACUACCAUGGCUGCCACCUUAAUGGAAAGAGCACGCACUACCACUGCAUGCAGGUGGGUUGUACUAAGGUUUACACAAGUACAUCCGAUGUGAUGACCCAUGAAAACUUCCACAAGAAGAAUGCCCAGCUAAUCAAUGAUGGCUUUCAGCGCUUUCGUGCAACGGAGGAUUGUGGGACUCUUGGCUGCCAGUUCUAUGGACAAAAGACCACACACUUCCACUGCAGGCGUCCUGGUUGUACUUUCACCUUCAAAAACAAGUGUGACAUCGAGAAGCACAAGAGUUACCACAUCAAGGAUGAUGCCUAUGCCAAGGAUGGCUUCAAGAAGUUCUACAAAUACGAGGAGUGCAAGUAUGAGGGCUGUGUCUACAGCAAGGCCACGAACCACUUCCACUGUAUCCGGGUGGGCUGCGGCUUCACAUUCACUUCCACCAGUCAGAUGACCUCGCACAAGCGAAAACACGAACGCCGCCACAUCCGGAAUGCGGGAGGUCUCGGCCUAGCUUCUCAGCUGCUGGGCCGCAAGGAGAACGAACAGGAUGACUCCAGCAAUGAUGACCUGAUUGACUACUCAGCGAUAAGCAGCAAGAAUUCAAGUCUGAGUGCGUCUCCGACAAGCCAACAAUCUUCGGUACCGAUGCUCCUCCCCACUCCCACGACAGAGAUCUCCUCAACCCAGGCCAUCAAGCCGACAAGCAGCGUCCUCCCAGUGACCAAAGUGUCGACGAUACUUCCGCAAACGCUGGCCAGCCCCAUCCCGGUCGCCUUGGCACUCUCCAAUGCUGGUAUCUCUAAUACGGGUCCCUUCUUCCCUAUCAUUCCCAACAGGGUCUCCAUGACCCUCCCUGUGACAGCAGCCAACCUGAUAUCCACCAUCUCCUCCAGCGUUCCCACUUUGCCAACGGAAUCACCUUCGCAAGUUGUCUCGGGGUCCAGCAACACAAUCCCCCUGUCUCCAGCUGCUGCAAGCACCAUCAUGGAGAAGAUCACGGCCAGCAAAGGGCUCAUCUCCCCGAUGAUGGCCCGCCUUGCAGCUGCAGCUCUCAAACCAUCCAAUCCAGCAGACGUAGCAGGAAAUGAGCAGCAAACGCAGUUGAACCAGUUCAAUCUGGCCCCACUCAAGCAAGAGCCAAGUGACAUCACCAAGACUCAAUCUCAAGAUUCAACACAGAAUCAGAGCCUUGAUCUCAGCUUGAAAGAGCACAGCACGGAAUCCAAUGGACAUGUCGAUUCGGGACAGGCAUCCCUGUUAUCCUCAUUUCUCAAUAAGAUGUCCCAAAACAGCAGCGGACUGAGCAAUUUGCUGAACCUCAAGACAGAACCGGACUGUGCACAGUCUGAUGCAGAACAGAUGCCCUACAUGAAUAAAGCUUUAACCCCACAGAGACAAGAGAAACGACAGGAAUUCUGGGAGAAAUAUCUGCGCAGAUUUACCACCGAAGAUUACUGUGAAACCCAGUGUGACUUCCUUCACAAAACCCAUUUCCAUUGUGCAGUAGAAGAUUGUGGUGCCCUUUUCAGUACCUUGGAUGGAGCUGUUAAGCACGCCAACUUCCACUUUCGGGCAGACGGCGGGGCGGUGAAAGUGAAGUCGGAGCCUUCCCUGCCGACCACGAUUCCCGUCGGGAUCCGAGCGACCAGGGCCGGGACCGCGGCCUUCUCCUCCGUCGCCAUGGUAACUGCCGCCGCCAUGUUGGCCUCCAGCGCGGGCCCCGCCGUCGUCACGGCCGCCCCGACGCUGCUCGCCUGGAAACAGCUGGCCGCCUCCAUUCCGCAGCUGCCCGCAACCUCCCCCUUGGCAACCACAUCCCUAGAGAACGCCAAGCCUCAGGUCAAACCGGGCUUCCUCCAGUUUCAAGAGAACGAUCCCUGUCUGGCGACUGAUUGCAAAUAUGCCAAUAAGUUCCACUUCCACUGUCUGUUCGGAAACUGCAAGUAUGUGUGCAAAACAUCAGGGAAGGCUGAAUCACAUUGUCUCGAUCACAUCAAUCCAAACAACAACCUCGUCAACGUGCGUGACCAGUUCUCCUAUUACUCCCUACAGUGCCUCUGUCCGAAUCAGCAAUGUGAGUUCCGGAUGAGGGGACACUACCACUGUUUACGACCAUUUUGUAACUUUGUGACUAACAUCACCACGAAACUCCCCUGGCACAUCAAGAAACAUGAGAAAGCAGAAAGAAGAGCUGCAAACGGAUUCAAGUACUUCACCAAACGAGAAGAAUGUAGCAGGCUAGGUUGUAAGUACAAUCAGGUAAACAGCCACUUCCACUGUAUCCGCGAGGGUUGCCAUUUUUCCUUCCUGCUCAAGCAUCAGAUGACAUCACAUUCCCGCAAGCACAUGAGAAGAAUGCUGGGUAAAAACUUUGACAAGAUUCCCAAUCAGGGUCCCAGGAGUGACGAUGCAUUGGGAAGCGUGGCUGUUGCUACCGGCUCCUCAGCAAUGAGUUCAACACCCAACAUGAUGGACACGGAAACAGACGAGUACAUGGACUAUCCAGCGGGUACGAGCCCUGCAGGUCUGUCCUCGGAGUCCUCCGUGCCGGACCGAAGCUGCACGAGUACGCCCAUUGGAAAUGAAAGCAGUGCAGCUGGCUGUCCGGUUGCUACUGCUGCUGAUGCUGUCCACACUGCACCAUCUCCAUCUUUUCCCCAAGCCCUGCUCACAUCUCCUGCUCCCCCUCCUUCACUGCCAUUUCUCCUCCCUCCAUCCUGUCUCUCUCUACUCAGCGCGAAUCUGGGGACCACCAGGAAUGUUGUCAUACCGACCAGCACGCCCGGUUUCAGCCCGAUCAUUGCUGCUCCUAGUCCGAUUAAAAGCGAUGUCCCAAUAGUACAGGACGCUGCAGGGAACACGAUUUCACUUCCAACUGCUUCUGGUGCGAAGAAAAGAUUCUGGAUCAUCGAAGACAUGUCUCCAUUUGGAAAGCGACGGAAGACAGCCUCUUCCCGGAAGAUGCUGGAUGAAGGAAUGAUGCUGGAGGGUUUCAAACGCUAUGAUCUUUACGAAGACUGCAAAGACACCUCUUGCCAAUUUUCGCUGAAAGUCACCCACUACCACUGCACCCGGGAGAACUGUGGCUACAAGUUCUGUGGUCGCACUCACAUGUACAAACACGCCCAGCAUCACGAUCGAGUGGACAACCUUGUCCUCGAUGACUUCAAACGCUUUAAGUCCUCGCUGAGGUGCUAUUUUGCGGACUGUCAGUUUUCUGGAAACAGUACCCACUUCCACUGCCUUCGGUGUGGUUUCCGCUGUACAGACAGUACCAAGGUGACUGCCCAUCGGAAACACCAUGGCAAGCAAGAUGUGAUCAGUGCUGCGGGCUUCUGCCAGUUCAGUUCAAGUGUGGACUGCGAAGUACCUGACUGUAAAUACAAGUUGAAGUGCUCCCAUUUCCACUGCACCUACCCUGAGUGUAAACACACAGUGGUGGGCAUGUCACAGAUGGACUCUCACAAGCGCAAACACGAGAAGUUGGAACGUGGGGAAACAACAUCUGUCUCGCCCACCCGCGAUGCCAUGCACAGCACAGGCGCCACGACAGAGUAUGAUUCCCAGGGCUCCUCCCUCAACCUGGAUGGCUCCCUAAACCUCAGCACCAAUGUCGACAGCUCCCUGUUCUUCCUCCGAAACCCGGCUGGCAUCGGAUUGAACGACUCGCUGGAUCUGAGCACAAAGCCCCAUGAGGCCGUCUCGGUGGCUGGGAUACUCCAGGAAGACCCUGCUGUCACAUCCGGAGAUGCAGAAGAUGAGAACGACAUGACACAGGAUGAAGACGUCAACGAAGACGAUGAUCUCAACACGGACUCUGACAGCACCCAUGGUACCAUACCUGAGAACAUGGACGAGAAAGAUGACGCCACAGGGCUGUAGCUGGGGACAGCUUCCCCCAACCCCCAACCCCUCCCCUUCCUAUAUAAAGAGUCUGUUCCCUAUAUACUUGUUUAAAUUAUCUGGUAUGACAGUUGUUCUUAAUUAAAUGAAAAAAAAUGUAGUGGAAUUAACCGCAAAGACUCCACAGGCGCUGUAGUGUUGAAGGGGCCCUGAGUGCAAGGCAAGUCUUGUUGCUGUGUUCAGACCAGCUCUGCAGUAAAGACUUUCUCAGCUUCCUCUCCCCACCAUGAUGCUUCCAGAUAGCUGACGACAACGGGACAAUGCCCUACACAAAUAAAAAGAAUAAGGAUUACAGAUGAACAAAUCGUUUGGCUUCAGAUGCUAUGUGGAGAGGAGAUACAGCAGUAUGAAGAGUUGUUUUCCCUGGAAGAUGUUUACAACCCGACCAACAUAAUUAAACCCUUUUAAUAUGCAGGAAAAACUAAAAUCUAUAAUCCGACAUUUCUGGAGUUGGACAUCAUGUAAUAUUUGGGUAUUACCUUUGCUACGGAAAACUCCUUGGUUGCGUGUGUGCAUGUCUGCUAGACUUUAUUGUUUUCAUUUUUGGAAUUUUCAAGGAAAAAAAAGUAUAUGAUACUGAGAAUCCUAAGCAGUUUGAGCUGUAGUGUACAUUACGGUAAUUGGCAGAGUGUGCAAGCAAAGAAUUUACAAAGGCAGUUUUAAAUCAUCACUUCCUGUAGUCAGCCCCGCCAUCACCUCUAGCACCAAACUGUGGGAGAUGAGACGACUUUCAGAUAAGGAUGUGUAAAAUGAUUUCUUAAUGGUAAAUCUCGAAGCAUUUAGAUGAGUGCAGAUUGACAGAUGUUUAUUGUGUAACAUGUGGUGUUUGCACUUGAUGUGAAUGAAGUUCCAUUUUUAUUCCCUUAAUUUAUUUUGUUUUGAAGAUUUUUUUCUCUUAUUUUCUCUCUCCCAAGAACCUUUUCAUUCUGGAGUUUGGUUGUAUCAUCCCAAGUCACUCACUACAUCUAGGGUUCUUCCAUUCCAUUCCACUCUUUGCUAUUUUGGGCUGUUCCAGAAUAACCUUUCUUUUACAUUUGUAAAGAAGCAGUGUGGCUUCUACAAGUUUCUCCACUUCUUUGGUUUGUUUCCUAGAUAGAUUGAGAGCAUUUCAAGUAAGUUUUUUUAUAUACUAAAGCAAAAAUCAAUAUGAAUAUUGUCGAUACUUUGGGGCCUAACAUUGGUGACGUUGUUUGCGAAUCAUUUGGCAUCUUGUUGAAUCUGACUCUUGAGCCUUCUAAGACUUAGAGCUGCAAUAUCUGUUUUAAGGUGUUUGCUUAUGAGUUUCUGAUCAAAAAUGAACUUUUCUCUGUGUGUUUAAGAAUGUUUAAACACAUGGCCUCUUGUAUCUCUAAGACAAUAUAUUACUUGCAGGCUGAAAGAAAUCACAAGAAAACCAAUGACAAGUCAUCACUGAAUUGUUGCAGUGCUGAAAGAGGCCUUUUGGUCCAUCGUGAUUGUGAUAGCUCUUUAAAGGAGCAUCUCACUUGGCCCCAUUUCCCUGCUUCUUCCCCAUCAUCCUGCACAUUGUUCCUUUUCAGGCAACUCUCAAAUUACAUUCUGAAUGCUUCAGAACUACCGUCUCCAUCACAAUCUCAGGCAAUCGAUUAUUCUGAACCUUAGCCACUUGCUGUAUGAGGAAGUUAGUUCUCAUGAUGCUUUUGCUUCUUUUACAAAUUAUUUUAAGUUCAAACCGCUCAUUCUUGGUCUUUUCACAAAUGGGAACACUCACUCUUCCCCCAGUGAUUCUGUUGUUCUGUUGUGCAACUUGCUUUUUGUUAAUUUUUUUGAUGUAAACUUGUACAAAAUACAUAAUAAUUAAAAAGCAAAUAAGGUUUAAAAAAAGGGGGAGAGCCACAUUGACAGUCCCUUUUCUUUGCCACCUCCGGUGUAGCCUGUGCCAUCAAAAUUAGCAUCCAUGUGACUGGUAUACCAUUUUUGCUGAUAUUAUUGCUCUUAUCUUAGAAUACAACACAGAAGAAGGCUGUUCAGCACAUGGUGCCAGCCUGGCUAUCCAGUUAGGCCCACACCCCAAGUCUUCCCUCAAAGCCCUGGAAAUCUUUACUGCUGAGCUGAAUCCAGUCUCAGAAGGUUCAUAUCCGUGUCCCGUCUUCUGCUGUUAUACUGACAAAAGGGAACUAGUCUCUGUCAUUUCCUGGAGUGGAUAGAGAGAGAGAGUGAAACAACAGUUACGGAGCUUCUGUAGUGGCACAGCAGUAAUGUCCCUACCUCUGGUCGUAAAGAGCUGGGUUUGAGUCCCACCUGCUUCAGAGAUGUCUGGUCAGAUUGAUUUAAAAAUAUCUAAAACCACCACUUCCUCCAAGGCUGUAUCAGAGAUAAUGGGAACUGCAGAUGCUGGAGAAUCCAAGAUAAUAAAGUGUGAAGCUGGAUGAACACACCAGGUCCAGCAGCAUCUCAGGAGCACAAAAGCUGACGUUUCAGGCCUAGACCCUCUUGUUUCUAUUAUAACAUUAAAUCAACUCAGGAGGGAUAUCUGCAGCCAUAGCUGACCACUGUGAAGAUCCUUAGCUGUAGCUUUCAAAGUUCUCUGCUCACCUUCUCCCCAGUCUCUUCCCUCUUGAUUUCUCUGGAUGCUUGCUCUGCUAAUUGUAUAGAUUUGCAGUCCAGACGCAGCACACACUUCAACUGCAGAUUAAUGACACCUAUUUCCAUCUUUGCUGAAAGCUCAGCUGUUAAUUGCUCAGCUAAAGGGGUCAGUUUAACACCUCAUUAGUCACUAACUAGUAGGGUUUUGCCAGUGUAAAUGUCUAUAAACUCCUGUUAUUUUGAAUAUAUCAACUGCUUUCUAAAUAAAUUAAUUUUAGUGUAUCUUCCUCAUUGAAGCAUAGACUCUGAAAAGGAUCAAUUCAGAACUUUCCACGUCUUUAAUCUUUUCAGGUGCAGUUACAAUGGGUACAUUGUUCAGGAAUUGCACCACUGCAGAAACAUUCAAUUAGUUAAAGCACCCUGAUGUUAUUUGAUUCAGUACAUUUUUCAGAUGAAGUAAAAAAGGAUAUUGCAUAGAUUAGCGCCCUGAAUCUAAAGGACCACUGUAGCCUUGAUCCUCAAAAGUAUAUUGACCCAUUGGUGUUAACAUGCUCCUGUAGUGCGGGAAAAGUUGCUGGGUCCCAUGGUGUAAAGACAUCAGAGGUUAUUGUGGGAGGCUAUUAUUACUGAGGAGGAGAGGGACUCAGCCCAGGCAGUGCUUUGGAAAUUCCUCGACUUCUGCCUCAUCUGUCCGCCUUGGUUGGGGCAUUUUAAAACCGGGAGGAAUAGGGUCAAGGCAGCAAAGUGGAAUUGAAGCCCAAGAUCAGCCAUGAUCAUACUAAAUGCUAAAGCAGGCUUAAUGGGCCAAAUGGCCUUCUAUCCCAGUGUCUUGCAUUCGUGUGAACAAGCACUUCCACAACUCGGCCUCUGUUCUUUCCCCCACUCCAAAUCCAUCCUCCUUCCUGACCAAUGUUGAGCCACACUUCUCACCGCCUUUGUUUGACUCCAACCUGACCUCACCACACCCGGCACUUUCCCCUGCAACCGCAGGAAGUGCUACAGCUGCGCCCACACCUCCUCCCUCACCCCCAUCCCAGGUCCCAAGAUGACUUUCCACAUCAAGCAGAUAUUCACCUGCACAUCCACCAAUGUGGUAUACUGCAUCUGCUGGGCUUCCUUUACAUUGGGGAAACCAAGCGGAGGCUUGGGGACCACUUUGCAGAACACCUAUGCUUGGUUCACAGUAAACAAUUGCACCUCCCAGUCGCGAACCAUUUCAAAACCCCCUCCCAUUCCUUAGAUGACAUGUCCAUCCUGCACCUCCUGCAGUGCCACAAUGAUGCCACCUGUAGGUUGCAGGAACAGCAACUCAUAUUCCGCUUGGAAACCCUGCAGCCCAAUGGUAUUAAUGUGGAUUUCACCAGCUUCAAAAUCUCCCCUCCCCCCACUGCAUCCCAAAACCAGCCCAGCUCAUCCCUGCUUGCCUAACGUGUUCUUCCUCUCACCCAUCCCUUCCUCCCACCUCAAGCCACACCUCCAUUUCCUACCUAUCAACCUCAUUCUGCCACCUUGAACUGUCCGUCUUCCCCGGACUGACCUAUCCCCUCCCUACCUCCCCACCCAUACUCUCCUCUCCACCUAUCUUCUCCUCUAUCCAUCUUCGAUCUGCCUCCCCCUCUCUCCCUAUUUAUUCCAGUUCCCUCUCCCCAUCCCCCUCUCUGAUGAAGGGUCUAGGCCCGAAACGUCAGCUUUUGUGCUCCUGAGAUGCUGCUUGGCCUGCUGUGUUCAUCCAGCUCCACACUUUGUUAUCUUGGAUUCUCCAGCAUCUGCAGUUCCCAUUAUCUCUGACCUUCUGACUCACAUGCUAAGUCCUUCACCCAGGUCCACCACUGAGACCCUCAGCCUUGUCCCCUCCUGAUUCCAUUAUUCUAAUACUGCAACAACCACAGUCUCCAACCUUCCACAUACCUGCGCACGUUGAAAGAGUUGAUGUCUAUUAGAACCUGCCUCGUGUUGCUAGCCAUUAAUCUUGACCACUGUUGAACUCAGUCUCCAUCUUCUGAUACAUACUUUAAAUUUCUGACACCCAGAAUGAGCUUGCCCUUUUACAAACUGUUAUUGGGAGGUGGUGGUGUAGUUGGAAUGCCACUGGAUUAGUAAUCCACAGGCCUGGGCUAAUAUUCUGGGACAUGAGUUCAAAUCCCACCAUGGCAUUUAAAUUAUUAUAACAAUACAACUAAUAAUAUAAAUGGUGCCACAAAAUUAUUAUUGUAGCAACCUAUCUCAAUCGCUGAAGACCGUUAGGGAUGGAAAUCUGUCGUCCCUUCCUGGUCUGGCCCUCAUUGACUCCAGACCCACAGCAAUGUGUUUGACUCUUAACAGUUCACUGAAAUGAUUGAACAAGUCAUUCAAUUCAAGGCCAGUUAGAGAUGGGUCUUGCCUUUAACACCCACAUCCUUUGCGAGAAUAAAGAAAAAUGCAGUAGCCAUCACCACUCCUACAGCCCACUUCAAACAAUAAUCUACCUUAGCUCAUGUGCACCCUUAAACCAUCACCGGUGAUAGUUCUGUGUCAGUUCAAGGUUCUGAACUCCCUGAUUCCCAGUGACUGUCCUGGCGUGUUGUUUGAGCUGUACUGAUUUUCCAAAAUGAAGCAGAUGACUUACGGAAACAGAGGAGUAGAGCUUUUCUGAAAGCCAGACAGCAGGGUCCAUUCCUGGGUGCAGACUGAAUUAAUAUGAAGUCUUUGCAAACUGGAGCAGUCACAUUUAAAUGAUGUUUGAUUGAACCAUCACUGUGACAAAAAUUUAUAACACGACAGUUUGAAUUGUUGCAGAAAAUGGAAGUUUUUGACAGAAUUAAAUGACUAUUUAUGCUGGAAACCGUGAAACCUGUUGAGAAUGAUUGAGGUAAUAUGAAGUUUUUCUUGCAAAAUUUAUUUGGAAAACAAGGGCAAUUUUACACAAAAUCAAAUACUGUGGGUGCUGAUAAUAUGAAAGAAAAACUAUAACAUGGUAACACAUUGAGGAGGUUGGACAGUGAGGGACAAUCUCUCCUACUUUCUGUUCUAUCAUUGACCUUCCCUUUUGUUCUUAUUUGGACUCCUCUUUCCCAGGCUCUGUCCUUGAUUAAAACAUCCUACAUCCCUAACUUUGUCCAGUGCUGAGCAAGCUCACUAACCUGAAAUAUUAAACUCAGUUUUUCUCUUUCUGUGCAGUUGCUGCCCAACCUGCUGAGUUUCUCCAACUUUUGCUGAUCCUUUAACGGCAACCUUACUAAGCAAGAGUUUCCUCUUUAUUUUGACCUUUAGAUUCGGUCUCCCUCAUUCAAAAAUAUUUCAGAAGUAAUAUUUUUAAGUCAUGGCAAAGUUUUCUUUAAAAGUGGAUAAAAAGCUGGCAGAUAUGUUUCUCUGUGUCUCUGCUCUUCCGUAGCUACACUUCUUGCUAAUAUUUGGCGGUCUUGUAGAAGCAAACAAUGUCUCUCUAAAAGACCGAGGCCACAUUUACAGUUCAUAUUUUUACACCUCAGUGGGUGAAGCAUUACGGAUGAGUGUUAAUAAUGUGUGCUAGCUUGCUCCUUGCCUUUUUUUGUAAUAUAUAUACACAUAUAUAUAUAAUAUAUAUAUGUUUGCACUAAUUUAGUUCCAGAUCAACAGUUAUGAGCCUACCAAUUACAAUGAAUGAAAAAAUGAAUUCAGACUAAUUUGCCAAGUCUUAAAGCAUCAGUAGCCCCUUUUGAAGUUUAUUAGGAGUCAAGUGUUCACUGCUCUCCAUCUCAAUUUCUAUCAUUAUUUAAUGGCAAAUAAAUUUCUUUGAAAACGUUAGCAAGAUAUUGUUGUAAUGAACUCUUUAGGGCUACAGCACACAGACCGAGUUGGUCAGUGUCAAGAAUGUAAUCCUUACAAGUACAUAAUAAGAAGGGACUACAGUGACUUUGAGAAUGAUUUAGUUAUUCUUCCCAGGGCCCAACUGUAACCCUUUGAGAACUGCAGUCUUGUUUUUUAAAGCAUAAUUCCUGAAUCAAAAUAAAGCUACAAUGUCCCCUUCUCCUCAUAUUGUCUUAUUUUGAUGUACAGUAUGUGUGUGUCUAACGCUCCUCAGUCCAACUGUGCUUUGUAAAAACCAGCAUUAUGUAUGUUCGUUCACACAAACAUUAGUUUGACAGGCGAUUAUGUGUAUGCAAAGUUCCUGCUUGAAGGCUUCCACCUUUUCAAAAACAAGAUGGCUAGUUUUCAAAGGGUUAAACGCACCUCAAUAAAAAAAAUGGUAUCCUGUAUUUGAAGGAUUUCUUUGCAAAAAAAAAUUCUGGAAUGGCCCAUAGUUUUAGUUUGUGUGCAAUUCCUUUUAGCAUUGGUAGUUUAACACAGCUCUUGAACAGUAAGACAUAGACUGUUAGCACUGACACAGAGUGUGGUUCAGGUUUAAGUUGAAUUUUGUAGAACGUGAAUUAACUUAGGUCUAUGAAUAUUAAUUACUAGUUAAUUUAAUACUGUUAUCCAUCAGUUUAUUUUGUGUGUUCUUUAUUUUUUGCUGCCUCUCCAAUAGUGGGUUCUGUUUAACCAUGAGACACGAGGCAGGCAAUAUUAAUCCUGGUCAUUUUUAAAAAUUUUCUGAUUCCAUUUGACCUUUGAAAAGGAAAAAAAAAACCUGUAAAGUGCUUAGAGCUGGGAAGCAGGUUGUGCACUUGGAUUAACUUGGCAUGAGUCAUUUUAUUUUAAUACACAGAGCACAUUGAAGUCCGAAGCUGUUGAGUUUCUUUCUCCUUCCCCUCUCGUAUUGUUUUUGAAAAAACGGGUAAGACAUCAGUAGAUGUUUGCCAGAUGGCAUUGUGUAGAUAGUCUACCAGAACACAAAGAGAAAAGAAAAUAAUAAUUAUGUACAACCAGACAGAAACAACCUCCAAAUCUUUUAAAUAGACAAGCUGCUGAAGCAUAUGAUCAUUUUACUGUUAAUUUAACUAAAACUGGAUUGAUCUCUUGGAGAUGAAAAAUAAAGGAAAGAUUACGAUGUAGCAAAAAGAGAAUUCUAGCCUUUGUAAUAUAUAUAUUGCACACUAGGAUAAGAAGCCAUCUCUAGAUCAUAUGGAUUUUGUGUUUUUUUUCUCUGUGGGGAGAACCUGAUCCACUUACAAUUACAUGGCUCUAUACAUGGAGACGACAACUUUUUUUAUAUGGUUUGGAAAAAAUGUUCUCCAAUACUUGAAUAUGACCCCUUGGCACCUAUGUUAUUGAUAACUGAAUAUUUUUCCACUUGAAUCUAGUGCUGUUAGAAAUUUAAUAUAUGUGUUUUAUUUAUUUGAUUGGUUUUGCAUGACUGAUGCAAGGGUUUGAGAUUUUCACUCAAUAAA